CUGUCCGAGCUCAGGACGUUUAGAAUGAGGAUCCUCUGUCUUACCUCUUCUGCACUGCCCCCCUCCAUACUCCUCCUGUUGCUCCACCACCUUGGGUGUGGCCUGCAUAACUGAUUCCUAUACCAAGUGAGUACCUCCAGCACCACUGGCUCCUCCUGGUUCCCUCAGGACAAGGAGUGAAGAGUAACACCUUGGAUUUAACACUGUCUGCUUCAGAUUUCUUCAUUGGUGCCUCAGGCUGACACCCAGUGAUGGCGUCCCCAUUGGAAGGCGGUGCAGAUGCCUUGCUGCUGGAUCUCCCCAGGGGGCCCCUACAGGCCUACCGCGCCCGAGCCUCCUUCUGCUGGAAGGAGCUGGUGCUGUUCUUGGAAGGCGAAGACGUGCUCCGCCUGAAGAAAACCAUCUUCUCGACUUUGGAGAAUGACCCGCUCUUCGCUCGUUCCCACGAGGAAGAUAUCUCCUUGGAUAGGUACCGGGAGCUGAGCUUCCUCCGCUGCAAGCGAAUCAUGGAGUACAACCUCCUCCCCUUGGAGGACAUGGUAGCGAACCCUCUGUGGUUUCAGGUGUUCACCAACUGCCUGGGCAUGUAUGACUGGUCCCUGGCUAUCAGGCUCUUGCUGAAUAUGGUGACUUUUGGAUUAGCAAUAUACAACUUGGGUUCUGAAAGACAUUUAAAGUACCUUCCAAAGAUCUUCAACAUGGAGAUUUUUGGAUGUUUUGCCGUGACCGAACUCAGCCAUGGGAGUAAUGCCAAGGCCAUCCGAACAACGGCCCACUAUGACCCCAUUACCCAGGAAUUCAUCAUACACUCCCCUGAUUUUGAAGCUGCCAAAUUCUGGGUGGGCAAUAUGGGCAAGACUGCUACCCACGCUGUGGUGUUCGCUCAGCUGUACACACCGGAGGGCCAGUGCCACGGCCUGCACCCCUUUGUGGUACAGAUUCGGAACCCCAAGACCCUUCUUCCUAUGCCAGGGGUGAUGAUUGGCGACAUGGGGAAGAAGGUGGGACUGAAUGGUAUAGACAACGGAUUUGCCAUGUUCCACAAGGUUAGAAUUCCUCGCCAAGACCUUCUGAACCGGAAUGGAGAGGUCACCCUCGAGGGUACCUACGUCACCCCCUUUAAGGAUGACCGGCAGCGCUUCGGAGCAUCCCUGGGCACCUUGUCCAUGGGCCGGGUCGCCAUUGUGGGCAUGUCCACCGUGAACUUAAAGCUGGCUGUCUCUAUAGCACUUCGUUUCUCGGCCACUCGGUGUCAGUUUGGGCCAUCAGAUGAGGAGGAAGUCCCGGUGCUGGAGUAUCAGAUGCAGCAAUGGCGCUUGCUCCCCUAUCUGGCGGCCGUCUAUGCCUUAGACCACUUUUCUAAAUCACUCUUCCUGGACUUGGUGGACCUUCAGCAGGGCCUCAUGGGGAAAGACCAGAGUGCCAGGCAGGCAGAGCUCGGACGUGAGAUCCAUGCCUUGGUGUCGGCCAGCAAGCCCCUGGCCUCAUGGACUGCCCAGAAGGGAAUUCAGGAAUGCCGGGAGGCGUGUGGAGGACAUGGCUAUCUGGCUGUGAACCGCCUGGGUGACCUGAGGAAUGACAAUGACCCAAACUGCACGUAUGAAGGUGACAACAACAUCCUCCUGCAGCAGACCAGCAGCUACCUCCUCAGCCUGUUGGCAUCCCGCAUUGAACGUGGUGUGCGCCUAGAGAGCCCUCUGAAGACUGUGGACUUUCUGGAAGCCUAUCCUGAGAUCCUUGGUCAGAGGUUUUCAUGCCCCAGCAUCAACAGCUGCUUGGACUCCUCAGUCCCUCUGGCGGCAUACGAGUGGUUGGUUUGUUACCUUCUCCUUGAGAGUUACCAAAAAUUAAAUGAAGAGAAAAGAUCAGGAAGGAAUGACUUUGAAGCAAGAAACAACAGUCAGGUGUACUACUGCCGUCCCUUGGCUCUGGCGUUCCUGGAGCUCACGGUGGUGCGGAGGUUCCACGAGUACACACACCAGCCCAGCGUGCCGCCCCCGCUGCGGGCCAUACUGGGGCGGCUCAGUGCCCUCUACGCCCUGUGGACCCUGAGCCAGCACAUGGCCCUGCUCUACCAAGGUGGCUACUUUUCUGGUGAGGAAGCAGGAAAAAUGAUCCAGAACGCCAUCCUGACCCUGUGUUCACAGCUGAAAGACGAUGCGGUUGCCCUGGUGGACGUGAUCGCCCCUCCCGACUUUGUCCUGGACUCACCGAUUGGCAGAGCCGACGGCGAGCUCUAUAAGAACCUCUGGACCGCUGUCCUUCAGGAGAGCGAAGUGCUGAAGAGGCCAUCGUGGUGGUUGGAGUUUACUGUAAAUAAGCCCCGUGUAGGAAGUUUGAAAUCAAAGCUGUAAAGAUGUGGUCUAUAUAUACAACGGGAUGUUACUCAGCCAUUAGAAGUAACGAAUACCCACCAUUUGCUUUGAUGAGGAUGGAACUGGAGGGUAUUAUGCUGAAGGAAGUAAGUCGGUCAGAGAAG